ACACUGUCAUAUUAUGAUUGUGUUUAGUCAUUGUCCACAACAAUUUUUUUUUAUUUAAACCUAAUUAUUUUUCUGUUCUUUACUUUUCAAGAUUAUCAUCUUUGUGGCCCAUCAUUGAAUUCUGAAAUAUGAGUUAUGAUCGUGCUAUAACGGUAUUUUCACCAGAUGGUCAUCUAUUUCAGGUGGAAUAUGCACAAGAAGCUGUGAAAAAAGGCUCGACAGCGGUUGGUGUACGCGGAAAAGACAUUGUAGUUCUGGCAGUAGAAAAAAAAUCCGUUGGAAAGCUGCAAGAAGAUCGAACUGUAAGAAAAAUAUGUCUAUUGGACGAACAUGUAAUGAUGGCCUUUGCCGGUUUGACAGCUGAUGCUCGGAUUCUAAUUGAUCGUGCCCGUAUUGAAUGUCAAAGUUAUCGUUUGACAGUUGAAGAUAGGGUUUCGGUCGAAUACAUUACCCGUUAUAUCGCUCAACUUAAACAAAAAUAUACACAAUCAAAUGGUCGACGUCCAUUUGGUAUUUCGAAUCUUAUUGCUGGAUUUGAUGUUGAUGGUACACCACGACUAUAUCAAACAGAUCCAUCCGGUGUGUAUCAUGGUUGGAAAGCAAAUACCACUGGCCGUAAUGCUAAAUCUGUUCUAGAAUAUUUGGAAAAGAAUUAUAAUGAUGAAGCCAUCGAAACCAAUGAAUCGACAAUCAAAUUGGCCAUCAAAGCUUUAUUGGAAGUUGUACAAGGUAAAAACCUUGAAGUGGCUGUCAUGGAAAAAAACAAACGAAUGCGUGUAUUGGCAGCCGAAGAAAUUGACAAAUUUGUCACCUUGAUCGAAGAAGAAAAGGAAAAAGAGAUAGAGAAAAAGAAGGCUAAAUAAUAACAAAUUCCAUUGUCUUUUCUAAAAAUUGUU